AUGACCGUUAACGAGAAAACCCGACUGCUGCCCCAGGAGUACCAGCAAAAAUCCUACGUCAUCUCGAUUCCUCAGGAGGAUUACAACAACAACACCACAACCAGUCUAAUCAGUGAAUAUGAUUCGUGCGCUUUGACGAAAGAAGAGCUAACCAAGUACAUUGAUGACCCAUUCUGGAGCCGUGUGCGACAGAUUUGCUUCUCCCUGUACUGGUUGCUAUGCCUGGUAGCAUUGGCAAUAUCCUGCUACAUUGCCGUGUCAGCGCUGGACUCCAGAUUUUGCGAAACAACAAACAACGGAACUUUUUCGGGAAAUGUGACGACAGUGGGAGAUAUGGCAGCGUCCAACAGCGCCACAGCAGCAGCGACCGAAGAUAUCGGAGUAAUCUUUCGCAUGCUCGGUCAGCCGUCAUAAAACAAUAAGCUUACACUAGA